GGCUUCCAGUUAGUGUUUAAGGAGUGUCAAAAGUCCCACAGCUUCAUUCUAGUUCAGCUCAGACCCAGGCUUCAAGGCACCAUUGGGAACUUUGAGAGAGACAAAAAACAAGAUGCCAGAGCCUGCAAAGAAAACAGCUUCUGCUUUCACCAAGAAGCCAAAGACAACAGAGGUGAUGGCAGGAGACACAGCUGUGUUUGAAGCAGAGACUGAGAAGACUGGCAUCAAGGUUAAGUGGCAGCGAGCUGGAUCAGAACUGAUUGAAAGCGAGAAGUAUAUCAUCAAGGCUGAGGGGAACAAGCAUUCGCUGUCUAUCAAUAAUACUGGAAGAGAGGAUGAUGCAACAUAUGCUAUAAUUGCAGGAAGUUCCAAGGUCAAAUUUGACCUCAAGGUCAAAGAGCCAGAAAAGUCUGAGGUAGUCCUUCCUACUGAAGCUGCUUCUGCCCCAGCUGUCUCAAACUCACCUACACCAAUAGUUAAUAAAUCCAGAUCUGUUUCAGUUCCAGCUCCUGAGGCUCAAACAGAGGUGCCUCUGGACCCUAUUGGUCUCUUUGUGACACGGCCUCAGGAUGGAGAAGUCGCUGUUGGUGGAAACAUCACAUUCACUUGCAAAGUGGCAGGUGCCAGCAUGCUGAAGAAACCAUCAGUGAAAUGGUUCAAAGGAAAGUGGAUGGAUCUGGGAAGCAAAGUGGGGAAACAUCUCCAGUUGCAUGACAGCUAUGAUCGAAACAACAAGGUUUACAUCUUUGAAAUGCACAUUAUCCAAGCAAAAGUGACUUAUGCAGGGGGGUAUAGAUGUGAGGUGUCUACCAAGGACAAAUUUGAUAGCUGUAACUUCAACCUGAUUGUCAAUGAAGCACCAGGAACUGGAGACAUGGAUAUCCGCACUGCCUUCCGACGAACGAGCCUGGUGGGAGGAGGAAGAAGAAUGCCCGCAGCCUGCCUCAGUGCCGAGGGACAUGAAGAAGGUGGAGAGCUGGAUUUUAGUGCCUUAUUAAAAAAGAGAGACAGCUUCUUGCGUUCAGUAAAUCGUGAACCAAAAACUGAAUCACAACCUGAAGUUGAUGUCUGGGACAUUCUGCGGAGAGCUCCUCCUUCUGAGUAUGAGAAAAUUGCUUUCCAGUACGGUAUCACAGACCUACGAGGGAUGCUGAAACGCCUCAAACGCAUAAAAAAGGAGGAGAAGAAGAGUACAGCAUUCCUCAAGAAACUGGAUCCUGCUUACCAAGUUGACAAAGGACAGAAGAUCAAGCUAAUGGUUGAGCUUGCCAACCCAGAUUCUGAAGUGAAAUGGCUGAAGAAUGGACAGGAGAUCCAAGUGAGCGGCAGCAAAUACAUUUUUGAGGCUGUUGGGAAUAAGAGGAUCCUGACUAUCAAUCACUGCUCUCUAGCAGAUGAUGCAGCAUAUCAGUGUGUGGUUGAUGAGGAGAAAAGCUUUACAGAAUUAUUUGUAAAAGAGCCUCCAAUUCUGAUCAGUCACCCACUGGAGGACCAGGUGGUGAUGGUUGGGGAGAGAGUGGAGUUUGAGUGUGAAGUGUCUGAGGAAGGCGCUGCUGUGAAAUGGGAAAAGGAUGGAACUGAGUUGAAACGGGAAGAGACAUUCAAGUACCGGUUCAAGAAGGAUGGGAAAAAGCAUUACCUGAUCAUUAAUGAGUCAACCAAAGAGGACAGUGGGCACUACACUGUGAAGACCAAUGGUGGGGAGUCAGUCGCUGAACUGAUCAUACAAGAGAAGAAGCUGGAAGUGUACCAGAGUAUUGCAGACCUGACAGUGAAGGCACGGGACCAGGCAGUAUUCAAGUGUGAAGUCUCUGAUGAGAAUGUGAAGGGAAUCUGGUUGAAAAAUGGGAAGGAGGUGAUCCCAGAUGACAGGAUAAAGAUUUCUCAUAUUGGCAGAAUCCAUAAACUAACCAUUGACGAUGUAACUCCAAAAGACGAGGCUGACUAUUCUUUUAUCCCUGAAGGAUUUGCUUAUAAUCUUUCUGCCAAACUUCGAUUUUUGGAGGUCAAGAUUGAUUUUGUGCCAAGACAAGAACCCCCCAAAAUCCAUCUAGACUGCAUGGGUCAAGCAGCCCCUGACACUAUUGUUGUGGUGGCUGGGAACAAACUUAGACUGGAUGUUCCCAUAUCAGGAGAUCCAAUACCCACUGUCAUCUGGCAGAAAGUAAUCAAGAACAGCUGCAAUGUGCUAAGCAAUGAAGAUACCAUGAAUUCCCCAGAUUCCAGCAGUGAUUUAAAUAAUGAUAGCAAGCUACUCUCUGAAUCUGAAGGCAGAGUUCGUGUAGAAAUGCAUGAAGACCACUGUAUCUUCAUCAUUGAAGGAGCAGAAAAGCCAGAUGAGGGGGUUUAUAGAGUUACAGUACAGAACCCAGCAGGAGAAGAUAAGGCUGAUAUCACAGUAAAGGUUAUUGAUGUUCCUGAUCCUCCAGAGGCUCCCAAGAUUACUAACGUUGGAGAGGAUUACUGCACAGUGCAAUGGCAACCCCCUAAAUAUGAUGGAGGUCAGACAAUACUGGGCUACAUCUUAGAGAGGAAGAAGAAGAAGAGCUACCGGUGGAUGAGGCUGAACUUUGACCUUUUAAAGGAGUUGUCAUAUGAAGCCAAGAGAAUGAUUGAAGGUGUUGUUUAUGAGAUGCGGAUUUAUGCUGUGAAUUCCAUUGGCAUGUCCCGGCCUAGCCCUGCCUCACAGCCCUUUAUGCCAAUUGCACCACCAAGUGAACCAACCCACUUUGCAGUGGAAGACAUCUCUGACAGCACUAUAACCCUGAAGUGGAGACCCCCUGAGAGGACUGGAGCGGGGGGACUAGAUGGCUACAAGGUGGAAUACUGUAAAGAAGGAUCUACAGAUUGGGUUCCAGCUCUUCAGGGCCUAACUGAGCGAACAUCUGCAUUAAUUAAAGAUCUGGUCACUGGGGACAAACUAUACUUCCGUGUCAGAGCUAUAAACCUGGCUGGUGAGAGUGAACCAGCACUAACCAAAGAGCCUGUUACCAUCCAAGAGAUCUUGCAACGUCCCAAAAUCUGGCUGCCACGCAAUCUACGGCAGACUUUGGUGAAGAAAGUAGGAGAGACAAUCAACAUUGUGAUUCCCUUUCAGGGCAAACCUAGACCCAAAGUCACUUGGGUAAAAGAUGGUCAUACACUAGAUUUCAAAGAUGUGGGAAUUCGGAAUAGCACCACAGAUACUAUCUUGUUCAUCCGAAAAGCUGAGCAUCACCACUCCGGGACAUAUGAAGUGGAAGUACAAAUAGACAACAUGAAUGAUAAGGUUGCUGUUACCAUUCAGAUAAUGGACAAACCAGGUCCACCUCAGAAUGUCAAAAUCAUAGAUGUGUGGGGAUUCAACGUCGCUCUGGAGUGGAAACCACCUCAAGAUGAUGGCAAUGCACAGAUCUUGGGGUACACAAUCCAGAAGGCAGACAAAAAGACAAUGGUGAGAGACAUUGAUACUUGCUGAUAAUUCCUAAACUCA